GUGGGGGCUGCCGCUGCCGCCUCUCUUUCCAUCAGCUUUCGCGGCCGCACUCCUUCCAGGCGGUCCCGGAGGGCGGAGGUGGGAUGUGGCUGCUCCGGGGAGGGACCAAAUAGCUCCCUCUGCUAUUGGGAAUGCCUUUUGCAAGUGCUGAUGGGAUGUGCUACUUAAGACCUGACAGCAGCUUUUAAAUCUGGAGGUACUAUCCAGAGAAGUUUUGUUUCCAAGGCAGGCCUUCAAGAUGUGGACAGCCGUUGGGUCUUUUCUGUUGAUCUCCUUAUGUGUGUCUGAAAACGGCAGCUCCAUCUUAAAGGAGAGAGGAGUCCAGGUAACACAUGUACAUCUGCUCAGCAGUGAAAAGCAUUGCAAGCAAGCUUGUAAAGGCCCAACAGCAUCAGGUAAUCUCUACUGCUGGUCAGUGCUGUAUCAGAGCCGCUGUGUCCUCUUGCGCUGUCCUCAGCUGAGUGCAUGUCAGAAUGCCAGCACACAGGAUGUUAAAGAACUAAUGGGAGCUUCUCCCCUCCUGCUUUUUGCUAACCGGAGAGAUGUCAGACUGGUGGAUGCUGGAGGAGUGAAGAUGGAAUCAACUGUUGUUGUCAGUGGCUUAGAAGAUGCUGCAGCAGUGGACUUCCUGUACUCACAGGGUGUUAUUUACUGGACCGAUGUGAGCGAAGAAGCCAUCAAGCAGACUUAUUUUAACCAAACUGGGAACCUGGUGCAGAACGUCAUAGUGUCAGGUCUGGUUUCCCCAGAUGGCUUGGCAUGUGACUGGAUUGGGAAAAAACUGUACUGGACAGACUCUGAAACGAAUAGGAUAGAAGUUGCUAAUCUCAAUGGAACAUCUAGGAAAGUUCUCUUUUGGCAAGACCUUGACCAGCCAAGAGCAAUAGCCCUGGAUCCAGCUCACGGGUACAUGUAUUGGACAGACUGGGGGGAAACACCUAGAAUAGAGCGUGCUGGAAUGGACAGCAGUGUUCGGAAAAUAAUUGUGGAUUCUGACAUUUACUGGCCUAAUGGACUCACCAUAGAUCUCGAGGAACAAAAGCUUUAUUGGGCUGAUGCAAAACUGAGUUUCAUUCACAGAGCGAAUCUAGACGGCUCUUUCAGGCAAAAAGUUGUGGAAGGUAGCCUCACACACCCAUUUGCACUGACGCUGGCUGGGGAUACUUUGUACUGGACGGACUGGCAGACUCGCUCCAUUCAUGCCUGCAACAAAAGGACCGGAGAGAAAAGGAGAGAAAUACUAAGUGCACUGUACUCGCCAAUGGACAUCCAGGUUUUGAGCCCUGAAAGGCAGCCGUAUUUUCAUACACCCUGUGAAGAUAAUAAUGGGGGCUGCUCCCAUUUGUGCCUGUUAUCUCCAAGAGACCCCUUUUACAGCUGUAACUGUCCCACUGGAGUCCAGCUUGAAGAAGAUGGCAGGACCUGCAAAGCGGGUGCUGAAGAAGUGCUUUUGCUUGCCAGAAGAACAGAUUUACGAAGAAUUUCCUUGGACAUGCCAGAUUUCACCGACAUCAUUUUGCAAGUAGAUAAUAUCAGGCAUGCUAUUGCGAUAGACUAUGAUCCUGUGGAGGGUUAUAUAUACUGGACUGAUGAUGAUGUCAGAGCCAUUCGUCGGGCUUUUCUCGAUGGGUCAGGAGCCCAAACCCUUGUGACGACAGAAGUAAAUCACCCUGAUGGUAUAGCUGUAGACUGGGUGGCUAGAAACUUGUACUGGACCGACACUGGUACUGAUCGCAUUGAAGUUACACGGCUGAAUGGGACAUCGAGGAAGAUCAUUAUAUCGGAAAACCUAGAUGAACCUAGAGCAAUAGUGCUUAAUCCUGUGAUGGGCUAUAUGUAUUGGACAGACUGGGGUGAAAAUCCGAAGAUUGAGUCUGCUUACUUAGAUGGUUCUGAGAGGAAAGUUUUGGUGAAUACAUCAUUAGGAUGGCCUAAUGGUUUGGCAUUGGAUCUUGAAGAAAAUAAACUUUACUGGGGAGAUGCGAAGACUGACAAAAUUGAGGUAAUAAACAUGGAUGGAACCAUGAGAAAAACUCUCAUAGAAGAUAAACUUCCCCAUAUAUUUGGAUUUACUUUGCUGGGUGACUACAUCUACUGGACAGACUGGCAGAGGCGGAGCAUUGAAAGAGUUCACAAAAUAAGGGCAAGUAGGGACAUAAUCAUCGAUCAGUUGCCAGACCUGAUGGGCCUUAAAGCGGCAAGUGUCACUAAAGCUGUUGGAACAAAUCCAUGUGCCGAGAACAAUGGAGGCUGCAGCCACUUGUGUUUCUUCACACCUCAGGAGUGCAGAUGUGCCUGUCCCAUUGGAUUGGAGCUGCUGAGUGACAUGAAGACCUGCAUCAUUCCAGAAGCCUUUCUUGUUUUCACCAGCAGAGCAGCCAUUCAUAGGAUUUCUCUUGAAACAAACAAUAACGACGUAGCCAUUCCUCUUACUGGUGUCAAGGAAGCUUCUGCGCUAGACUUUGAUGUGUCUGACAACAGGAUCUAUUGGACAGAUAUUAGUUUGAAGACAAUAAGUCGAGCUUUCAUGAAUGGAAGUGCAAUUGAGCAUGUGAUUGAGUUUGGCUUGGAUUAUCCUGAAGGAAUGGCUGUGGACUGGAUGGGAAAGAACCUUUAUUGGGCAGAUACCGGGACCAAUAGAAUUGAAGUGGCACGGUUGGAUGGGCUAUACCGACAAGUUCUGGUGUGGAAGGAUUUGGACAACCCAAGGUCUUUAGCUCUUGAUCCAUCUAAAGGGUACAUGUAUUGGACAGAGUGGGGUGGCAAACCAAAGAUUGUUCGGGCAUACAUGGAUGGUACAAACAGCAUCACUCUUGUGGAUAAAGUGGGCCGUGCCAACGAUCUCACUAUUGAUUAUGAAGAUCAAAGACUCUAUUGGACUGACCUUGACACAAGCAUGAUUGAAUCAUCAAAUAUGCUUGGACAAGAGAGGGAAAUAAUAGCUGAUGAUCUACCUCAUCCCUUUGGCCUAACUCAGUACAGUGACUUCAUCUACUGGACAGAUUGGAACCUUCACAGCAUAGAAAGAGCGGACAAGACAAAUGGGAGGAACCGGACACUAAUUCAGGGACGUCUGGAUUUUGUGAUGGAUAUAUUGGUUUUCCACUCAUCACGGCAAGAUGGCUUCAAUGACUGUGUACAAAACAAUGGGCACUGUGGGCAGCUGUGCCUGGCCGUACCCAGUGGCUAUACUUGUGGCUGUGCAUCUCACUACACUUUGGAUCCCAACAGCCGGAACUGCAGUUCACCUAGCAGCUUCUUACUGUUUAGUCAGAAAACUGCAAUAAGUCGGAUGAUACCAGAUGACCAGCAGAGCCCAGACAUCAUACUUCCUAUCCAUGGUCUAAGAAAUGUCAAGGCUAUUGAUUAUGAUCCUUUGGAUAAAUUUAUCUAUUGGGUAGACGGACGCCAGAAUAUUAUUAAAAGAGCCAAAGAUGAUGGCACUCAGCCUUUCACAGUCAUGAGUACUCCCAACCAAAGCCAAAAUCCAGAAAAGCAGCCACAUGACCUGAGUAUUGAUAUUUUCAGCCAUACUUUGUACUGGACCUGUGAAGCCACAAAUACGGUCAACGUUUACAGACUUAAUGGGGAGCAGAUUGGAGUUGUGCUCCGGGGAGACCAUGACAAGCCAAGGGCCAUAGUAGUAAAUGCUGAGCGAGGAUAUAUGUAUUUCACCAAUAUGCAAGAACGAGCCCCGAAGAUUGAGCGUGCAGCCUUGGAUGGAACAGAACGAGAGGUGCUCUUCACUACUGGCUUGCUCCGGCCUGUUGCCCUGGUGGUUGACAACAAGCUGGGGAAGCUUUUUUGGGUAGAUGCAGAUCUCAAACGAAUUGAAAGCUGUGAUUUAUCAGGAGCAAACCGUGUGACACUACAAGAUGCCAACAUUCUUCAGCCAAUGGGAUUGACAGUAUUGGGAAAUCAUCUCUACUGGAUUGACCGCCAGCAGCAGAUGAUAGAAAGAGCUGAGAAAACUAAUGGGUACAAGAGGACAAGAAUACAAGGUCGAAUAGUUCAUCUAACUGGCAUUCAUGCAGUUGAAGACAUUGACAUGGAGGAAUUUUCUGCACACCCUUGUUCCCGGGACAACGGUGGAUGUUCGCACAUCUGCAUAGCGAAAGGAGAUGGAACGCCAAGGUGCUCCUGCCCAGUUCACUUGGUCCUUCUACAGAACCUCUUAACAUGUGGAGAGCCUCCCACAUGUUCUCCAGACCAGUUCACCUGCGCAACUGGGGAAAUAGACUGCAUCCCUAUGGCAUGGCGAUGUGAUGGGUUUCCUGAAUGUGAUGAUCAGAGUGAUGAAGAUAGCUGCCCAAUUUGUUCAGCGUCCCAGUUCCAGUGUGAGAAAGGCCAGUGCAUUGAUGCACGUUUGAGAUGUAAUGGAGAAAUUGAUUGCCAAGAUAAAUCUGAUGAAGCUGAUUGUGAAACAAUUUGUCUCCCAAAUCAGUUUCGGUGUGCCAGUGGCCAGUGCAUUCUCAUAAAGCAGCAAUGUGACUCCUUUCCAGACUGCAAUGAUGGCUCUGACGAACUUGCAUGCGCAAAAAGUAAAUCGCCUUCUGAUGAGUCACAGUCGCACAGCAGUGCUAUUGGGCCUGUCAUUGGUAUCAUUCUUACCCUCUUCGUUAUGGGAUCAAUGUACUUUGUUUGCCAGCGAGUGGUAUGUCAGCGCUAUGCUGGACCCAAUGGACCUUUCCCACAUGAAUACGUCAGUGGCACUCCUCAUGUCCCCUUAAAUUUUAUCGCUCCAGGGAGUUCUCAGCAUGGCACGUUCACUGGCAUCUCUUGUGGAAAAUCUAUGAUCAGCUCCAUGAGCCUGAUGGGGGGAAGUAGCGGUGCCCCUCUUUAUGACAGAAACCACGUGACAGGGGCCUCCUCUAGUAGCUCAUCCAGCACUAAAGCCACCUUCUAUCCACAGAUUCUGAAUCCACCACCUUCACCAGCCACUGAUCGCUCCCUCUAUAACACAGAAAUGUUCUAUUCUUCAAACAUUCCUUCAACAACAAGAUCUUACAGGCCCUAUCUUAUACGAGGGAUAGCUCCACCAACUACUCCGUGCAGCACUGAUGUCUGUGACAGUGACUACACCACGAGCCGGUGGAAAGCCAAUAAAUACUACAUAGACCUAAAUUCAGACUCAGACCCGUACCCCCCUCCUCCUACCCCUCGCAGCCAGUACAUGUCAGCGGAAGAGAGCUGCCCGCCGUCUCCCGCCACAGAGCGAAGUUACUUCCACCUCUACCCGCCUCCCCCGUCCCCUUGUACAGACUCUUCAUGAUUUCAGCAGAAGGAACUUAUCUUUUCCCUGUAAAUAUAUUUUAAAUAUGAACACAGAUUUUUAAAUAUAUAUUUUAUGA